CUUCCAUUUUAUCUUUCCUCCAGCGCAACUGCAAUCCAUCCUUUUUAAACAACACCUCUAUAUUUAUUACAUUUGUUGCGAACCAUGACCGGCAGUAUGAGCGUGACGGCUGGAUCGUUUGAUAGACUUCGUAUCGAGCAACAAAAGAGUAACGCUCUGGCAGCCAAACUCUUUGUGGAAGAAACCUUGGGUCAGCCUCUGGCAAGCAAUGACUUACACCGAGAACUGAAGGAUGGUGUUAUUUUGUGCAGCCUUCUGAACAAAAUUCAGGCUGGUACAGUUGUGCAUAUCAAUAAGAAGGAUCAGGCUUUUGUUAAGAUGGCAAACAUUAGCUCCUUCCUUCAAGGGGCAAGCAAGUUGGGUUUACAAAACUCUGAGCUGUUCCAAACUGUUGAUUUGUGGGAGGCAAAAGACAUGAUGGCUGUUGUCCACACCAUCUUAUCUCUGUCAAGAUUAAGUAAUAGGCGGACUGAGAAGAGGUCGAAGCCACCAACUGAUAUGCACACUUACAGCUGGCAAUCCAGUCCUACAACUGCGUCCAGGGAUGGUAGACGAAACACGUCUCACGACCUGGAAAGUGACGAGAAGCACUCUCGGUGGACUCGUCGCCACAAGAAGGAAAGAUCCAGCACUGCGCCAGGCUCUGACUAUACCAGGACCGAUCGAAAAUCACAGUCUAGAAAAGAAGAUAGUGCGAAGAACUAUUUGGAUGUUCGUAAUAUCUUUGGCCACACCACUAAGACGGCUGAGCCUGAGGAGCUAACUACGCAACCCCUGCAAUCAUACAAAGGUACCGAGAGAGCGACUUCAAAUUCAACCCCAUACUCCAGUAGUCCUGUCAGUCCAUCAUUGUCUGAUUUGGCGAGUGACGAUAACUUGGGCCCGAUUGUUCGCUGGCACAGCAGGAGGAGAUCCCAGGUGGAUAGUGCGUAUGGUAGUCUUAACUUUUUGACGGACGAGAAGACGCUCAAUGAGGACGAUACGUCCUCCGUGAUACAAGGUAUGCAGCAAACGCUUCUUGAGAUUCGAGAUGUUUUGAACGAACGUCCUGCUCCGCCUCCACGACAAAGAACGUCUCCGCCUCCACUCCCACCAUUGCGCAUAAUGCCAUCCAAAUCGAGCCCCACAUCGCGAACCACUGUAUUGGAGGUUGAGAGCAAGAUUAGCCAUCGCAAAUCUAGAGAGAGUGUGACUGGAAAAUCGCCACGCGACUUGGCACCUUCCCCUAGAAGCUAUCAAGAACCCAAGAGAGAAAAAGUUGUAUUGUACGAUGAUGAAGACAAUAUAAAAUCGCAAUACCAAUUGGGAAAUUGCAUUGGAAAAGGUCAAUUCGGCGUUGUAUACAGGGCUUUGGAUAUCGAUACAGGACAUCUUUAUGCCAUCAAACGGAUUAAAAUCGAGCAAGAAGAUGAAGAAGAUCAAGAAAUCAUGCAAGAAGUAGAAUUGCUGAAGUCAAUGGAUCAUCCCAAUGUGGUUCGGUAUAUUGGGUGUGUUAGAUCAGAAAAGUAUCUAGAUGUGAUUCUUGAGUUUGUGGAGAGUGGAUCCCUCCUUUCUACGUUGAAGUCAUUCGGUACUUUCUCAGAAAAUCUUGUGGCCGCUUAUACUGUCAAAAUCCUGCUAGGUCUAAGCUACCUUCAUGCCAAAGACGUGGUUCACUGCGAUUUGAAGGCUGCAAACAUUUUGACGACCAAAACUGGUAAUGUCAAGCUCACAGAUUUUGGAGUUUCACUGAAUCUGAACUUGAAGCAAGUGGAUAAAGGUGAACCAGUUGGUACACCGAACUGGAUGGCACCUGAAAUCAUCGACCUUCAAGGGGCGUGCGUUAAGUCUGAUAUAUGGUCCCUUGGAUGUACCAUCGUCGAAAUGUACACCGGAAAACCACCUUAUUCCGACUUGAUUUCCAUGUCGGCAUUAUACCGCAUUGUGGAGGACGAUAUGCCACCGCUGCCAAAUGACAUAUCAAAUCCUAUGCGUGACUUUUUGGUAUGCUGUUUCCAGAAGGAUCCUCGUUCUCGACCUUCGGCCGUGGAACUGCUGAGACAUGAAUGGCUUGCCACUGCAUUUGCUGCUGAGGGAGAUGUUUCGAGACUUUGGGCUACGGAGAACGAGCUAUCGGUGAACACCUUGACUUCCUACACAACCCGCAAUCUCUCGGAUAACUGUCUACCGACUCAAUCAGAAAUGGACAAGGAAUCGUCUCCUCAUCACGCCUUGAAUCGGAUAAACACUAGAAGAGGCUCUCUUCCCGCGAGAAAAAUUGACCCAGUCCAUAUCGUUCAUCAUUCAUUUUUGAAAACUACAUUUGAAAAACCUAUUACUUGCAAAGUCUGCGAAGAGAAUAUCAAAAAGCAUGGCAUGUUCUGUGAAGCAUGUGCCAUUGUUUGCCAUGACAAAUGUCGUUCCCUUGCUCCGCAUUGUGUCAACGCCACCCGGUUCGCAGACAAGGAACGUCACCAAAUACCACUACCAAGUAUACCCAAUCGUAUUCCAUCCUAUCGGCAAUCAUGGUCACCCUACUCGGCGACUGCAGCUACCAGUUCUCCUAAUGUGAGUUUGCUACCCACCCCCAAGAGACCUCUCAACCUACGGCGUAGGAGCAGGCCCGAAAGCGACAACUGUAUUAUAUCCUGAAAAAAGGUCCUCGUCGCCAUCGUAUUAUUUGCUGAACUUUUUAUCCAAUCCUUUCUACAUAUUCUUUGCCCAAUGUACUAUAUUUAAUUUGU